UUUUCUGUGGUUCCGUUUCUUUGACCUUUGACUGAAUCUCUAUCCAUUCCUUUUUCCGCUUUAACUCCCUCCGCAUCGUGCCUUCCACAUGCCCCUAUUUAUACCUUUCUUCCCUUCUCUGCAACCCUAAAUCUCUCUAUGGCAGACAACAAACCACUCAUUUCUUCUUCCGGCGACCGGCGCAAACCAAGCCGGUUACAGCGCAGAGCGCCGGCGUCGAUACAGGUAGAUCGAGCAACCGAUUGGAAUGUUGCGAUACCGCUUCUGUCGCCGCUGAUAACUUCUCCGACGUCUCCUGAAUCGGACAACUUGAAGGCGGCGAUAAAUGCUUUCUCCAGCUCGGUUCAAAAGGAAGAGGUGAAGAAAGAGCAUACGGAGAAGCCGGUAAUGGUGUUUAAGAAGUGGCAGCAUCCGGCGUCGCCGUUCUGCUACGAGCCGGCUCCAUUGGUGCCAUUUGUAUGUGCAGGGAGCUCCGAUAGACGAUGAGAAUUUAUAGAUCUGGAUCUUAAUGUUAGGGUAGAUGUUGAUACAAUCUGAUUUGUAAUUGGCGAUUUGAUAAAUUGCAGGGGCAAAUGUAAGAUUUAGUUUUAGUAUUUCUGUUAAUAAUCUCUAGUGAUUUAGCCCUUGUUCUGUCUCUACAAUCUGUAUAAUUAACAAGCUUUGAUUACCAAUGACAAAAGGAUACUCAAUUAAUGCUAA